CUUCCAGAGUUCCCGCCCACAUUUCAAACUGGAAAAAUGGCGGGGGCUCCUGACUCGGUGCGCCUUUCGCCUCCGCGGGACGCAGAGAGAGGUGUCGGGGCAGAAGACCGCACCUCGGCCUCCGCCACUUCCCAUGAGGACUUCCGGGUGCGCUGCACCUCGAAGCGGGCCGUCACGGAAAUGCUGGAACUGUGCGGCAGCUUCGUGCAACAGCUCGGGGAAGCACUGCCAGAGGAGAUUCGGGAGCUUGCGCUGCGGGAUGCGCAGUGGACUUUUGAAUCAGCUGUGCAAGAGAAUGUCAGCAUUAAUGGGCAAGCAUGGCAAGAAGCGUCAGAUAAUUUUAUGGAUUCUGAUAUCAAAGUACUCGAAGAUCAGUUUGAUGAAAUCAUAGUAGAUAUAGCUACAAAACGUAAGCAGUAUCCCAGAAAGAUCCUCGAAUGUGUCAUCAAAACCAUUAAAGCAAAACAAGAGAUUCUGAAGCAGUACCACCCUGUUGUACGUCCAUUGGACCUAAAAUAUGACCCCGAUCCAGUCUCUCGUGUGGAAAAUUUGAAAUGCAGAGGAGAAACGAUAGCUAAGCAGAUGAAUGAAGCCAUGAAGUCCUUGCCUGCGUUAAUUGAACAAGGAGACGGAUUUUCCCAAGUUUUAAAGAUGCAGCCUAUUAUCCAGCUGCAGAGAAUCCACCAAGAAGUCUUUUCCAGUUGUUAUAGGAAACCAGAUGUUAAACCGGAGAGCUUAAUAACACAAAUAGAAACCACACCAACAGAGACUUCUACCAGGAAAACCACUGAUGUGGUACUGAAAAGGAAGCAAACUAAAGACUGCCCCCAAAGAAAAUUGUAUCCAUUGCAGCCAAAGAGAAUUAAUCUUGAUACAUAAGCUCUUUUUCUUUAUCUUAGGAGUCAAAAUUAGGCACUAUCAACACUUAGAUUACAGUCUAAUGCCUAGACAGGACUUCAUUUAAAAGAAGUAACUCUUUAUUUUAGUCAUUUCUUUAUACAAAUGUAGUAGCUCUGUCCUGGGAUAUGAGGUAAUAUUAUAUUUCUUUCCUCACCAUUUCACCUAUAGUCGAUGAAAAGCAUAUUUUAAAAAUAUUGGCACAAAGCCCAUCAAUGGCUAUUAGUGCAAAAUCUUUCUGUCCUUAAAUGCCAUCAAUUCUUGGCUGCCUUACAGCUUUCUUGGAGUUUCAUGAGUAACAUAUUUUUGGAUAUACAUCUUUCUUUUAAAAAGAGCUGCGUAACAAUUGUAUUUAUUUAAAUACUGAAAAGAAUCACCAGUUCUGCAUAGGAGCAGAUACAAUUGUGUUUUGCUUUUUUUUUUUUUUUCCCAAUGCAGUUCGAUUUAUCAAAUUAAUGUGCAGAUAACAAGACUGGCUUUGACUUUGUCACUUUAAGUAUAGCUAAUUUAGAUUCAUGGGAUUAAUUUUAGGAGUUUUGUUUUUGUUUUGUUUUUUGUUUUAUAAACACAAAGAAGACUAUUUGUGUAAGACUUUCUCUUAGAAAUAAAAGUUGGCAUGUAGCCAAAUGUUUCUUGCCCACAUUUGUUUUCCAUAGACUUUUUAACUUUUACACACAAUUUGACUUGGACUAAAAGUUUCUUUUCAAGAUUUCUCAUGUUUCUUUGUAAAUGAUUUCAGUUCAAAAACUAUAUGUCAGAUUAAUACAUUAACAAAUUAUCAUCGUGGAACAAAUAUAAAUGCAAUCAUACUGAACUGUUUUACAUUUAAGGACAUUAAUAUAUCAAGUAUGUAAUCAUUGGUAGAAGUCUGAGAAAGCUAUAUUGCCCAUACUUCUAACAUUUAACUAGUUUCUAAUAGCUCAAUGUCUUUCUUACUCACAUUAAUACAUUGUAGGCAGUACCAUCUAACUUGCCAACUGUUUCCCCUUUUGAUACCUCUAUACCUUCAUUUAUUUGCAGAGAAAUGUACUAAUCAUGAGGUUGGAAAAUCUGUACUUCUCUUUUUCAUUAUGUCUUAGUAAUCAUAAAUGCCGAAGUGUGACAGAAAGUCUGUCUCAGUGAGGAUAACUUACAAAGCCACUUUAUUGCAUUCUGUAUUUUAAUACCAUAAUUUGAAUCUGUGUAUUUGUACAUAGCAGUGGUUUUUUUUAUUAUUAAAAUAAUGUACAAAGACUGGAA